CCCUGCAGCACACCAGCAGAUACUGGACUACUUUUGUGGCAGAACCACAUUUGAAAAGAUCAUCAUCAUGGUAACCCACAGCCCAGCCCGCGUCGUGCUCAUGUUUGCUGGAUUGUUUACCUUUUUAGCCGCGUUCACAUUGAACUCCCUAUCAAGAUUUGGCGUUAGAUCAGGUAUUUUCAAGCAGAGCACGGAGGAGGUGAUAAUCAAGUAUAAAACGCCCAUAACGCCUGCUCAGUGGGCUCUGUUUGUCUGGGAUUUCAUGUAUAUUUGGGUUUUUGCCAUGUUUGUAUACUUUUUAACGGGACUCUGUCGAAGGAAUGCUUAUGACUGGAUGUACACCACACCUGCGGUGCUCCCCUAUGGAUUUCAUGUCUCUGUUAUCAUGAAUAUUGGCUUGAACAUUGCAUGGUUGUUUCUGUUUGACAGAGAGUUGUUGCUGCCAGGGCUGAUAACGACAACCUUAAUGACGCUCACGGAUUACAUGAUCCUAUAUUUCUGCUAUCAUGGACUGAAGAUCUACGGGGCCUGGUUGAACAAAUUUCGCAACACAGACCUCUGGCUUAUCAGAAUAUUGGUGCAAAACGGAACAGCUAUAUAUACAACAUGGGGGACUCUCUUCACUCUACUGAACCUGACGAUAUACAUACAGUAUGAGACAGAUGUGACUAAAUGUGACUAUGCAAUGCUGUCACUGCUGCUGAUUCUGAUGAAGCUGUUGGUCUGGUUUCUGUUGGAGAACUUCUACCUUGAUGAGCAUGUGCGUUACAUUGUGACCAUCUACCCUGUGGUGAUCCUGUGGUUCUCAGGCUCUCUGAGCAAUUCUGACUCCCCUCAAAGUAGAAGUUAUAUCUUUGCAGCUGUUAUCCUGGCUAUUUCCUGCGCCAUGUUUGUGGCCCGCAUUGCUCUGGUCACAUGGAAGCAUUACAAACGGCCGCUUUACAAUAACAAAGGGCCCAACAUGUCACCAAUAGAAAUAGCCCUGACUCAAAGAAGACUCUUUCUAUGAAUAUUAGCUCAGACUUUUACUCCUCGGCAUAUUUUAGUUUGUUUUGUUCAGCAGCAUUUUUCUGGAUG